AUGACUCAAAGCAAAGACUUUUCUCAUGUUUCUGAAAGUACUUGUUCAACAGUGGUAAAUUGGGUGAAGAAUAUUUUGAUGCCCAAACUUUUUGGUCUGUGGAACAAAGAUCAAACAAAGGAUGCAUUGUGUCGAUCAAAACUAAAAGGAGGGGCUGGAUUAAGCAAUGAUCAAACUAAACCUUUGUACGAUGAAGAUUUUGAUGGAAAAUCUCUCUCAAAAAUUGUCUUUGAGUUCGAGAAGGCUCAACAAAGUGGAAAUGAACAGACUCUCAAUGAUAUCACGGAAGAAGUAUUUAAAAAUGACAAGGAUGCUCGUGACAAGGUGAAGAAUUGGAUAAAAAACGAGUUGAUAGAAAAAAACAAGAUAGAAGUGCCGUUGUUCGACUCUGAGGAACAGACAAUCAUUCCCCUUACCUCUCUUGGUACAAAAAUAUUCACGGUUAUUAAUUCACAACGGGACCUUUUACAACUUAUACAAGCCCAUAUUGGUGUUACCACUAAUAGAACACUGAAACCUGACGUUUUAAAUGCUUCAAAAACAUUACUCAGUUCUUUUGGAUACAAUUUUGAGUUUGUUGAUAGGGAGAACAGUGUUCAGGUAAUUUUGAAAGAAUUUGAAACAUAUGCUAAUUUUUAUGAACAAAAUGAGAAUUUGGACAAACAGAAUAUUGUACUCCCUUUUAUUGCAGCAGCUCCUGGAGUUGGUAAAUCAAAGCUACUUAAGGAAGUUGGGUUAAAGUUAUUCAAAGAACACUUUAGAAAAGACACAUUAUGUUUUCCUUUCUUUGUUUCUUAUGGAAAUGGUACAAAAUUUGAUCCUGAAAAUGAAAAGAAAUCAGUUGAAUCGUUGUUAAAAAGAAUGAUAUUAUCCUUUAUAUGCUCUUGCACUUAUGAAAACCACGUAAUGAUUUUUCAAAAGAUCAAGGAUAUCAUAUUCGAUCACAUUACAAUAGCAGAUGUAUUGAAUUGCAUUACUUAUUUAUUGGGAAACCAAAAGAUAGACUUUUUUCUUGCUAUUGAUGAAGCUCAUGAAGCCGAUACUAAUAUUAAUGACAAAUCUAAUCCACUGAGAAUGAUUAUGUCUGCAAUUGGACAAUAUAUGCAACUCAAGCAAUUGAAAUUAUAUCCUGUAUUUGCUGGCACAUAUCAUACAGUCAUUGAAGAGAAUUUAAAAGGAAGCACUUACUCUCCUCAAUUUGUUCCAAUUAACGCAUUGCUUUCUUAUAACAACUUGGCCAAAAUAUUUGAUCAUUUAGCCGGUAAUGAAAAAUAUAAGGACGACAAGAUGAAAUCAUGGAGAACUAAUGCCGAGUUUAGACAUUACGUUAGACUGUUCGCAGGAUUUCCAAGAGGAAUUGAAUAUUUCCUUUAUAAUUAUCUUACUAGAGACUGUACAAUUAGAGAAGCAUGGGAAAGUGCAAGAGCUGAAUUGGGAAGAAAAUAUAAGAUUGCGAUGCCUAUGAAAGAUGCACUCUUAAUCUUAGCAUUAAUUUUCACAAGAAGAGAAGUGAAUAAGAGCAUGUUAGUUGGAUCGGUAUCAUUGUCCUAUCUGGAAGACAAAGGUUAUAUUAUGAUCAACGAGGAAAAAGAUGGAUGUUUUAGAAUAGUAUAUCCUCCCAUUUUAAUGUCUUCCAUGAUAUACGAUUCAUAUUGGAGAGGAAUUUUUGAGGAACUGUUUUUUGUGAUGCCAUCAAUCAAACUUUACGGGCUUAAUUGGGAAGAUGUUGUACAAAAAUACCUCUUUUUGAAGUUAACAUUUAUUUCUCAAUCACAGGAUAGAAUUGAAGGAUCAUUCAUAUUUAAGGAUUUAUUUCCAUUCGCAAAAAUGAAUCACAAUACUUCUAAUCUCUCUUUGAAGCCGAUACCUAAGAACGUCUAUUUAGAUCAAUCAAGAAAACAAAUCCAAGAUGAAAUCUCUUCAUUAGAAUUGGGUAGCCUUUCAUUGAAAAUGAACUCUAUUGCCGACUGCUAUAUAGUCAAAAAUGCCACCGCAGCUCAAGCAGGAGAUAUUAUUAUAUUUGGUUUGCAACUUGGAAAUGAAGACUUGUUACUCAUUCAUGUUCAAUGUAAAUGGUCAGACUCUGCCAAAACUUCAGAAUCAUAUGAAUCAUUGAUGAACGAACAAGAAAAGAAUGGCAAAUGUUUAGUAUUGGACAAAAAAGUAAGAAAUAUUACAGUAAUAAUAACUGGAAAACCAAUUUCAAAUCUUCCAGACGAUAAUGAUUUGCCAGAUGAUAUGAUAAUUAUUUGCAAAGACAACUUUUCAGAAUAUUAA